UUCAGAUCCCCCCGCGCUCCGAGUUACGCCGGAGGAUCUCCCCCUUGCCGGCGUGGUGUUAAUUUAAAAAUUAGAUCGUCUGGAUUUUUGUGGGGCAAGGCUGGGCUCACCAAGAAGGAAAAAGAACUUCCUUCGGCUCGCAGGGUCUUUAGGAUCUAAUGACCACAACUAUUUGAGGCACGCGGGAUUUGGAGCGAAGGGAAUGGCAGGCACAGAGGCCAACGUUGUGUGUUGCUGCCGUGCGGACGGGGUGAAAGAUGCUAUUCACAGCGGCUCAGACUGCUGAACUUUGCUCGGGCUUUUUUCACCUCGUACUUAGAGCUUAAGUGCUUUGAAAACAAGAGGAGGAAAACCGGUCUCUGGGAAGCGGCACUCGCAUCUGGACACACUGACCUCGUUUCUCCUCGCUUGGAAUUUUUAGAAGCGCCGUGGGUUUCCCUCGCCCCUUUCUCCCGCGUCGGGAGCCGCGACCGCCUGUAAAAAUAAACAGAAAUCAAGCUUUGAGGUGUGCAGACCCGCCACUGCUAUGGGAGACUCUGUUGGAGACCCAGCCCGAGGGACAGGCUUGGAGCAGGCGCCCGGCUCGGCACCGCAGGGGAAUGGCGGGACGUCGCUCAGCGUCAUCACGGAAGGCGUUGGGGAGCUGGCGGUCAUCGAUCCCGAGGUGGCGAAGAAAGCCUGCGAAGAGGUCCUGGAGAAGGUCAAGUUGAUGCACGGCGUCUCCUCUGACAGCUUACUGAAACCGGCCGAUGGCGGCGAGGCCGAGCGAGCCCCACGGACCGCGGUGGAUUUGGCCAACGGGGACGUUGGGGAGGGCUGUGAAAUCAAGUGCUUGGACGAUCCGCCUGGCACGGCCUCUAAGAUCCAGGAGGAGGACGAGACCACGGCCAACACGGUGAAAACCGCCCGGAAGCGGCAGAAGAAUAACUCUGCUAAGCAGUCCUGGCUCCUCCGGCUCUUUGAAUCCAAACUCUUUGAUAUCUCCAUGGCCAUUUCAUACUUGUACAAUUCAAAGGAACCUGGUGUGCAGGCUUACAUUGGGAAUAGGUUGUUCUGCUUUAGGAACGAAGAAGUGGACUUCUACCUGCCUCAGCUGCUGAACAUGUACAUUCACAUGGACGAGGACGUGGGGGAUGCCAUCAAGCCCUACAUCGUGCACCGCUGCCGGCAGAGCAUCAACUUCUCCCUGCAGUGCGCCCUGCUGCUGGGCGCCUACUCCUCGGACAUGCACAUCUCCACUCAGCGACACUCCCGCGGGACCAAGCUGCGGAAACUCAUCCUCUCGGACGAGUUGAAACCAGCUUACAAGAAGAGGGAGCUGCCGUCGCUGAGCCCGGCGCCCGAUACGGGGCUGUCUCCUUCCAAAAGGACUCACCAGAGGUCCAAGUCGGACGCCACCGUUACCAUCAGCCUGAGCAGCAAUCUGAAGCGCACAGCCAGCAAUCCCAAAGUUGAGAGCGAGGAGGAGGUAAAGCCAGGGCUCUCCGGGGCUCAGCCUGCCUGGGAAGGGAUGGCCCCGGGGCCGUGCUCGGGCGGUUGGUUCUCACCUCGUGGCUCCUCCUUUACCGCAGCUUUUUUUGUCGCUAGUUGCUGCAAAUGAUUGAAGUUUUGAUUC